CACCUUGUCGAAAAAUGGUGUUUAAUCGAGCUGUUGAAAAGUUGUGAUGGUUCAACCGUACCCUAUUCUUCAAGUUGAACCCAUCUCAUACCACCUCCUAUAAACCAUGCGUCUAUUCUCAUUCGAGCUCGCCGUCGUGGCUGCUUUGACAGCAUCUAUGUAUGUCAGUAGGGCCCUAGCUACUACCUCUAACAAGCGGUGUAAUGCCAUUGGCAAUUAUUGCGAUGAAGAUUCUGAUUGCUGCUCUGAUACGUGCCAAUGGGAUACUGCUUGCACCCAUAAAACUUGUAUUUCCGACGACGGAAAUGUAGAGCAAUUGAUGCGUGCUUAUACGGAUUGUUAAGUUCAUGAGCUUGAAAUGGUUGCAAGUUUCGCUGCGCCUUUGAUGUACACCGUAUCUACGUACUGUAACACCUCCCCAUUUCUUUCUCCGUCUCAUCGUUGAACCAUA